UUGCAAAGCGUGCGCGCGUGUGUCCGGCUUUUAAGGUUUUGUUGCAUGCAUCCAAUAGCAAAGCACCUCCGGCGCUGAGCGCUCCUGUUUCCCCCCCCUCGCAAAGGAGAGCGGAGGUUGCUUAUAUGGAAGAAGAGCCUCACGAGCUGUAUGGCAUUGAAGAUGAAUUUGAGGAGCAGUUUGCAGACGAGCUGGAGGCGUUGGCUGAGCUGGAAGGAGAACCACCUCGGGCAGCGUCCCAUAAAGUCUCUGAGUUCCGAAGCAGAAAGCGGACGUUUGAAGAGGCUCUCUCAGCUGGGGAUUUGGUUAAGGACUCCACUGCUGUAGGUUGUGGCCCAGGCCUGGGAAAGGGCUCUCAAGGUCCUGUCCUCACUGAGGCUGAGCCGGAAGCUGUGGACCGUGCUACUCUGAACAGCGAGGAGCCAGAAUGCCUCUCGACGCUCACAGAGGCUGCAGAAGACCCUCCACAGCUGCUUAUCCAGAAGAAUGAUACUGCUCAGACUCCGAAGGCAAAGCGGCGUCGGCGGCUUGAAGCCGUGAAGAAGCUAGACUUUGGGAUAGAGGAGGAUGCUACCUUUGAAGCCUCCCCGCAGGUGGAUAGGAAAACCCUUUCUCCAAGGGCCUCUUCCGCGCCACAGGAUUCAAGGACUCCAAGGCUCAAGGGCGCAGGCGACGUGGGCGUGAGCGGCAUGCUCCCCUUGCACGUUACACCGCCGGAGGAGAGGGACUCGAAGAAGGUUCUGAGGCGCCCCCCUGUCCUGGAGGACUACAUCAACGUGACCUCUACCAACGGCACCCGCGUCUUUAUGGUGGUGAAGGAAGAUGGGAUGGCGAUGCAGCCCUCCAACUCUCUUCACUGGAACAAGUCGAGACCUCUUCAUCUACUGGGAGUUCCCUUCUCCUAUCUAAAGGAGCAAGUGGCUGAAGAGCGCCAGAGGCAGAUCCUUGAGUCUUCGCAGCAAUUGAUGGAGGUUCUGAACAGCUGUCUUGGGGAAGAGGACACCCAAAUCGAGGCCGCAGCGCCCAGCGAGGAGGAAGAGAGCAACGGCCAAGCAGAAGAGAACGGGUCGGCUUUGCACUGCCUCUGGGUUGACCAGUUCACUCCCAGGCACUACGUAGAACUGCUCAGUGACGACUACACAAACCGCUGCCUCUUGAAGUGGCUCAAACUCUGGGACAUGGUCGUCUUUGGGAAGGAGAAGCCGGCCAAGAAAGCCCAGCCCAGCUCUGAGGCCCACCCGCCCUCCAGGUAUCCCAAAGAGCAGCAGAGCAAGUGGAAGACCAAAGCCCAGUUAACGGAGGAGAUGCUGGAAGCUGAGCUGGACCAGCACAACCGACCAAAAUACAAAGUGGCCCUCCUGUGUGGCCCCCCUGGCUUGGGGAAGACCACUUUGGCUCACGUUAUCGUGAAGCAUGCUGGGUAUAACGCAGUGGAGAUGAACGCCAGCGAUGACCGCAGCCCAGAUCUCUUCAAAACACGAAUUGAAGCUGCCACCCAGAUGAAGUCAGUGCUGGGAGCCAAUGAGAAGCCCAAUUGCCUGGUCAUUGAUGAGAUAGACGGUGCCCCAACGGCAUCCAUCAAUGUGCUGUUAAGCAUAAUCAACCGGAAGGCUGUUGAGGCCGAAUCAGAAAGCGGCACUGGCAAAGCAGGUGGGACAAAGAGGAGGAAGGAAGGCAGCCUCCUGUUGCGGCCAAUCAUCUGCAUUUGCAAUGACCAGUAUGUCCCUUCUCUGCGGCUGCUAAGACAUCAGGCCUUUAUGCUCAACUUCCCCUCAACAUCUCCAUCUAGGCUGGUCCAGAGGCUGCAUGAGAUUACCGUCCGGCAGGGCAUGAAAGCCGACACAGGGGCGCUCAUGGCCUUGUGUGAAAAGACAGAGAAUGACAUUCGCUCUUGUAUUAACACCCUGCAGUUCCUGUACAGCCGAGGCAAGAAAGAACUGAACAUGAGGACGGUUCAGACAGCAAAGGUUGGCUUAAAAGACCAGAACAAAGGGCUCUUCUCUAUUUGGCAGGAGAUCUUCCAGCUCCCAAAGAUGCAGAGGCAGAGGAUAGGAAUGGACCCUUCGAUCCCAGCACACCUCCUCGCUAGAGAGGGUGACGACCUGUUCGGCGUGGCAGCGGGUAGAACGUCCAUUAAUGCAGCUGCCCAAAGGUUCCAUCACAUCCUGCACCUCACCACGUCCUCUGGAGAACAUGAAAAGCUCACCCAGGGCUUAUAUGACAACUUCCUCAACAUGAAAGUGAAGGAUCCCAGCUUUGGCUCCAUCUGCCUGGCCUUGGAGUGGCUGGGCUUCUCGGACCUGCUGAGCAGGACCAUCAUGCAUGGCCAGAACUUCCAGCUCAUGCGAUACCUGCCCUUCCUCCCCGUCUCUUUCCACCUGCUCUUCGCUGCUUCCAACGUCCCCAGACUGGCCUAUCCCAGCAGCCAGCAUGAGGCUCUGACGAAGCUGACCCAGAUGCAGAACCUUGUGGCUUCCAUGAUAUCCGGGGUCACGCCCAUCUCCCGGAGCCGCACUGGGCCACAGUCUCUCGUCCUGGAGGUUCUUUGCCUUCUCUUGGAGAUUAUCUCGCCAAAACUAAGACCGGUGAACACCCAGCUGUACAGUCAGAAAGAGAAGCAGCAGUUGGCCGAGCUGAUCGCCACCAUGCUGGCAUAUAAUCUCACGUACCACCAGGAACGGACCCCCGACGGGCAGUACGUCUACAAGCUUGACCCAAAUAUGGAAGAGGUUUGUAGGUUCCCAGACCUCCCGGCUCGGAAACCGCUGACGUACCAGGCGAAGCAACUCAUCGCAAGAGAAAUUGAAGUGGAGAAGAUGAGGCGGACGGAAGCCAUGCUUCAUGCCCGGAACUCCAGGCAGGCACUGGAGGCAUGUUCAUCCCCCAAAGAAGGCGACCCGGAAGCAAGCACCAAGGUGCUGCUGCCGAAAUCCAGGAUUCAGAACCAUGAGCAGCGGCUGGACCAGAUUGUGAAGAGAGCUACGUGCGAUGAGAAGCCAGAAACGGAUUUCUUUGGCCGUGUGAUCAUCAAGAAGACGGCGUCUCCUUCGGAAGCCAAUAAGGUACCUGAGAAAAACGUAAUAGAAAAACUCAUUGGGAAGGCUGUUGGACAGAGCGAUGUUUGGUUCCGGUUUAAUGAAGGCGUCUCCAAUGCGGUUCGGAGAAAUAUUUACAUUAAAGAUUUGUUCUAGCAAUAAAAAACUUGGAAAUGAAAUAUGGACAGGCAGCACAUGAAAAAGCAGGCAUUGGGUCCUUUGCAAGGAUGUUUCGAAAAGAAGGUAA